AUGUCGUCGGCUGCUGUGGAAGAAUGGCACGCGGUCGAGCCUCAAGGGCUCGCUGCGGCGAUUCUCGGCGUGACCAUCACCUUUACGAUUCUGUGCCUGCUCGUUGUUGGACUUCGAGUCUAUCUCCGCCUGUCGACGCGGAACUUUGGUCGUGAAGAUUGGCUGAUGUGUGUUGGGACGACAAUCAACAUGGUACACAAUGGUAUCGUGAUAUGGGGAUGCUAUACUGGCAUAGGGACUCGUGACUCUAAGCUCAACACCCCCAUCAUGAUGGAGGGCGCAAAGGCAAUUGUCUUCUGGCAAAUUUUCUACGUCACUGGCUCCGUUUUCAUCAAGUCUUCCAUCUGCGCCCAACUCAUCCGCAUCUCGACGCAGCGCCGCUACAAGAUCAUUCUGUACCUCCUUAUUGCAGUGUCCAUCAUAACAACCUUGAUAGCCAUCCUCGCAGUGCUCAUCCGAUGCAAACCAGUUGCGGCUUCGUGGAACCCUACGCUGGGAACGUGUAUCGACCAGAGCAUCAUCAUCGCUCUGACAGCCUCGAUUGCUACCAUCAUUCGAAUGCCAUACUCUUCCGCUUACUCGAAUCCAAAGAACCUUCUAUGUACGCUCUCCUUUCCAUAUCGAUCCGCGCCCCUGUCACUAACGCCAGUCUCAGACAACGUGGGCAACAUCAUUCUCUGGACUGUUGUGGAAUGCGGCCUAGGUAUCAUCGCCGGCUCUAUGCCCAUGCUCCGAAAGCUGGUCAAGGGCCUCUCGAAAGACGAAAGCACCGGAAAAAGCGGCACCAACGACCUCAACCUUGUCACGAUCGGUCGAAUCAAGGGGAAGCACCACCCGAUCCACGAUACCGAUAUCCAGAUUACCGUCGUCGCAGGCGGUGACCCCGAGACUGCGAGGGACGACGACAGCACGAAGAGAAUGAUCAGGGUGACGAAGAUGGUGAACCAAACGACAUCACAGGGAUAUCGGGAGAUGUGA